CUGGUCACAGACCCAAAACAAGUUAAGCUACCCCAGUAUCCCCUUGACCGUUUUGGAUUGCAAAACUUAAGAAACACACCAGACCAGAGACAGCAACAGAAGAAUAGGAUAUGAUGGAGAGAGACACCAGAAGAACAGAACAGGCCAUAGCAGAAGAGGAUAGACAAGGGAGAUGGACAGGAUGAGAGAGGAGGGUAGACAAAAGACAGCAACAUAGAAUACUAAGAGACAGCAACAGACGACACAUAGAAAGUGAUGGAGAGUGCUAGAGGAGCGGAAGGAAGACGCUUGAAGGGAACACAGAAGAAGCUUGAGACAGCUGAGGUCAGAUGACGGGAAUGCUCAAACAAUGGACAUAAUGGAUGAAAAGAAAAUGGUGUCACUGAGUGUGGAGGUUGGCCCGUGGACAGGAUGUGCGGUUCUCUUCCUGCGCUCCUGUCCCGCAGUGAACCUGCUCUCUCUCUACAAAGACCAGCAGGGCAAGUUCAGCGUCUUCAAAGUCCUCAAGCUGACACUCACAGACUCAGCUGGGGGGCUGGAGGGGUACGAGAUCCUAAAGCUGCACGAUGCAGAUCCUCUGCUGGGUGUGGAGGUGAAGUUCGUGGAUGUGGCGGCGUGCCGCAGGUUCCUGCAGAGCUAUGGCUCCGGUGCCGUACAACAGUCCCUCUCCCAGCACACCUGCCGCCUCCUCCACAUCCCACAACAGGAGCUUGCCUUGGAAACCCAGCUCAAAGCCGGGACGCACACUUUGGACUUUUGUCUGGAUGACCUGGAGCUCUGUCUGCAGCACAUCCACCAGUCACAGCCGGAGCGCCUACGGGAUGAUGAGAUUGCUGAGCUGGACCAGCAGCUGCAGAGCCAGGCCUUGGGUCACAUUCCCCAGCCACCCACCCUCACACAGGAAGAGCCCCCCGUGCCCAGCAACUGUUUCCUGUUCCAGAAGAGGGUGUUUGAGGACCGCAUGCUGGUGGCGGGGGACCUGCAGCGGUUCUCCAACGGCGUUGGGCGGGACUGGAGGAAAGUGGGGCGGGCCUUGGGCAAGAACUGCCGUGCGCUGAAGGGGCUGGCCAUAGACAACCUGGCCUACGAGUAUGAGAGGGAGGGGCUGUACGAGCAGGCCUAUCAGCUGCUGAGCCGCUUCAUCCAGGCGGAGGGGAGGGCGGCACGACUGGGCCGGCUGGUCAGAGCACUGGAAGACAGCAAACUCACUAGCCUGGCUGAGAACAUUUUGGACAUCCAGCCCCGGGAUUGACACUGUCUGUCACACUGUCUGAGGGUGUGUGUUGGUCUGUGUGUGUGUGAAAGAGUGGUAACGUGUGGGUGGCAUUGUUUGUGUGAGCGCAAACGUGUGUGCACUAACUUACCUAGGUGCUACCAUGUGUCAGUUCUAUGUGAGCUUUGUGUCUGUGAGCUUGAUUGUAUGUUUUUUUUAUUUGAGUAAAAAUGUCUUGUGUUACAAAACCAAUAGUUCUCAUAAUUGCUAUGUCACGUCAUUGUUGUCUCUGGUUGGAGAGCAAACUAAAAUCACUGCGGGCCUUUUCUUCUUCUUCUUUAAACCCAACCCCCUUUCUCCACCACAGACUGGACAAUUGAUGCAUUUGAUCAUUCUACCAAUAACCUAGAUUGAUAUUGAACCAUUUGCAAUGGGAUUGUGGAAUAUUUGUUCUGAAUUCCAAAUAAAGUGUUGGAUUUAUAAAAACGAA